UUAGGCAUUCGACCUCCGAUCAUGAACGGCCCCAUGCACCCCCGUCCCCUCGUUGCACUGCUUGAUGGCCGGGACUGUACGGUGGAGAUGCCGAUCCUGAAGGACGUGGCCACCGUGGCGUUUUGCGAUGCUCAGUCCACCCAGGAGAUUCACGAAAAGGUCCUGAAUGAAGCUGUGGGUGCCCUGAUGUAUCACACCAUCACUUUAACCCGGGAGGACUUGGAGAAAUUUAAAGCACUUCGAAUAAUUGUUCGAAUUGGAAGCGGUUUCGAUAACAUUGAUAUCAAAUCUGCUGGCGACCUAGGGAUCGCCGUUUGCAACGUCCCGGCGGCCUCGGUGGAAGAGACGGCCGAUUCGACAAUGUGCCACAUCUUGAACCUCUACAGACGAACCACCUGGCUGCACCAGGCUUUGCGAGAAGGCACCAGAGUGCAGAGCGUGGAACAGAUUCGGGAAGUUGCUUCCGGAGCAGCCCGAAUCAGAGGAGAGACGCUGGGCAUUAUUGGGUUAGGACGAGUGGGCCAAGCCGUCGCGCUGCGUGCCAAAGCCUUUGGCUUCAACGUCAUUUUCUACGACCCGUACCUCUCGGACGGCAUUGAGCGGGCUCUCGGCCUCCAGCGGGUGAGCACCCUGCAAGACCUGUUGUUUCACAGUGAUUGCGUCACCCUGCACUGCAGCCUCAACGAGCACAACCAUCACCUGAUCAACGACUUCACCAUUAAACAGAUGCGACAAGGGGCGUUCCUGGUGAACACGGCUCGUGGAGGAUUGGUGGACGAAAAGGCCCUCGCACAAGCACUGAAGGAAGGCAGAAUACGGGGAGCAGCCUUAGACGUCCACGAAUCGGAACCGUUCAGCUUUAGCCAAGGGCCCUUGAAGGACGCCCCAAACCUCAUCUGCACGCCCCACGCGGCCUGGUACAGCGAACAAGCCUCGAUAGAGAUGCGGGAGGAGGCGGCGAGGGAGAUCAGGAGAGCCAUCACAG